AUGAUUGAUUUGUUUUUCCUUUGGUUUAGGUCUGUCAUGCUUGAAAACGUGAUUUGCGUCGGCUGCGGCGAAGGCUUUGCGCUGAACGAGCAAAUCGUGAACUGCGAAAAAGAGGUGUGGCACCAGCAGUGCUUCGUAUGUGCGCAGUGCUUUCAGCCAUUUCCGGACGGCAUUUUCUUCGAUUUCGAAGGUCGGAAAUACUGCGAGCACGACUUUCAUGUGCUGUACGCGCCGUACUGUGCGAAAUGCGGCGAAUUCAUCGAUGGUCGAGUGAUCAAGGCGAUGAACUGCAAUUGGCAUCCGAACUGCUUCCGUUGCAACAAUUGCAACGCAGUUCUUUGCGACAUCGGAUUUUUGCGAAACAGCGGUAGGGCUCUUUGUAGGGAAUGCAAUCUAAAGGUCAAGGCAGCUGGCAUGGGCAAGUACGUGUGCCACAAGUGUAAAGGAGUGAUCGACGAGGGUCACAUCAAGUUCAGGGACGAAGUGUACCAUCCGUACCAUUUCAACUGUACGCGCUGCGGGGUCGAGUUGAACCCGGACGCUCGCGAGGUGAAGGGGCAGCUGUACUGUCUUCGUUGUCACGACAUUAUGGGCAUUCCAAUCUGUGGCGCGUGUCGGCGCCCGAUUGAAGACCGCGUCAUCACCGCUCUCGGCAAGCAGUGGCACGUGGAACACUUCGUUUGCGCGAAAUGUGAAAAGCCGUUUCUUGGUUCCAGGCAUUUCGAAAAGAAGGGAUUGGCUUAUUGCGAAACGCAUUUUCAUUUGCUGUUUGGGAAUGUGUGCUUUAAAUGCGGUCAGGUGAUACGCAAGGACGCAUUCCAGGCGCUUCAGAAGGCCUGGUGCGUCAAAUGUUUUGCCUGCACCCUUUGCGACAAGAAGCUGGAUGAAAAGAGCAAGUUUUACGAACUGGAUAUGAAGCCUGUCUGUAAGAGGUGCUACGAAAAGCUGCCGCAAGAUAUGAAAAAGCGCCUUCGACAGUACGCAAAGAGUUGUGCGAAGACGGCCGAAGAAUAG